CUGGUUUCACUCCAAAAACUAAAUGCCAAAACAAAGAGAUUUAGGUCCCCAAAUCAAAGAUAAAACCACUUCUCUCUUUCCUAUCACUCGCCAUCUUCUCCCCCUCUCGCUCUCUGCUCAAAACUGCACGGACGCUCAAAUUACAAACGAAAUGGGGGUAUAUCUGAGCACCCCCAAGACUGAGAAGUUGUCUGAGGAUGGCGAAAAUGAGAGUCUUCGAUAUGGGGUGUCGUCCAUGCAAGGUUGGCGUGCCACAAUGGAAGAUGCUUGUGUUGAUGUCAUGUUGAUUCAGUUUCAUUUUGGUUUGUUCGAAAGAGGCAGCUAUUUGAAAGUGCCCUGGAAUCUCUUAAAGGCUUGGAAAUGCAUGGGAGCUUUUAGUGGGACAAGAAGUUUUUGUGAUAUUUAUAUAGUUCUUGUAAAUUGUUAUACUGUCAUGUUUUGUCCUAACAAAGUCCAUAAAUCUGUAGGUAAAGCAGUGUCUAAGUUCUGUGCCAAGUAUCUUCACCAACAAGUGCUCAAGCAUGAAGCUUAUUCGGCUGGAGAUAUAGGCACUUCUGCACAGAAAGCUUUCCUCAGAAUGGAUGAGAUGAUGCGUGGUCAAAGGGGUUGGAGAGAAUUAGCUGUAUUGGGAGAUAAAAUGGAUAAGUUUUCAGGCAUGAUUGAAGGGUUAAUAUGGUCUCCUAGGAGUAGUGAAGUUAAAGACCAUUUUGAUGAUUGGACUUCUGAGGAGGGUCCUCAUUCUGAUUUUCAUGGACCAAAUUGCGGAAGCACAGCUUGUGUUGCAAUCAUUCGAAACCAGCAACUUGUUGUUGCAAAUGCCGGCGAUUCUCGUUGCGUGUUAUCGAGGAAGGGUCAGGCUUAUAACUUAUCUAAAGAUCACAAGCCUGACCUUGAGGUUGAAAGAGAUAGGAUACUGAAAGCUGGUGGUUUUAUACAAGUUGGACGUGUUAAUGGAAGUUUAAACUUGGCAAGAGCUAUUGGAGAUGUGGAGUUCAAGCUGAACAAAGCGUUGCCUGCUGAAAAGCAGAUUGUGACUGCCAAUCCAGAUAUAACUACUAUUGAGCUUUGUGAUGAUGAUGAGUUUCUGGUUUUAGCUUGUGAUGGGAUUUGGGACUGCCUUUCAAGUCAACAACUUGUGGAUUAUGUACGGGAUCAGUUGGCCACAGAAACUAAACUUUCUACCAUCUGCGAGAGAGUAUUUGAAAAGUGUUUGGCUCCGGUGGCUGGUGGUGAAGGAUGUGACAACAUGACCAUGAUCUUGGUUCAGUUUAAAAAACCUUUUAAUGCUGGUGCUUCUGUGGCUGAGCAGCCAUCUGCUUGCGAUCAACCAUCUUCUUGUGAUCAACCAUCUGAGCCUGAAAUAAGUACUGCAGAGACUGAAUCACAAUCUGAGCCUGAAAGAAAUCCAGCAGAAACUGAAUCGAAGUAGUCGGAGCCAUUUCUACUGACAAAUUGGUAAUGCAUUUUCUACUAUCUGCUAGCAACGGUGAGCACAAGAAUUACGGACCUGAAAUUUUACAUUUAAAAAGUGAUUCUGAUGAUACGAUUGUAAAUAUUGAAGAGCAUUUUCAUUGAUUAGAUAAGCUUUGAUGACUAAUAUUCUGUAUAUGUGUUGUAUUGAGUAUUAAAAUAUAAGCGCGCAUUGAUCAGUUUUAGGAGAUGAACGGAUCAAACACAUUGACGAUUUGUUACUGGGAUGAUAUUUGAUCCUGAUCCUGUGCGUAUAUAAGUUGUCCGAGUUGCUUGAAUAGUGAACAACCCAGCUUUCUGUGCAAUUUUAUUUUUUAUUUUCCUUGAAAAAAUUCAGCCUUCUGAUUGUA